CCUAGUUAUGCGGGGAUUCCCUGGGGAAGUCCAGCCGCCGGCGACUUGUAAGUCGUUACGCCCCCUGGUUUUAGGGUCUUGACCGUUAACUUUAUUAUUAAUACUAUAUUUGUGCUUUACCUCCGAAGUACGUGAUGAUAUUUAUGAGGACCAGUCCCCCCUGCCUUUAAAAUCAGAGGAGGCGAUUCCAGUCUGCUGCAACUUGUCUCUCGACUUGUUCUCAUCGGAGAUGUCAAACGGUCGCCCACGAAACACGCGCAAGGCCAGGUCUGCAUCGCUCCAUCUCCCAAGGCGGUGCGAUCCCACGCCAGUACCCCCAUCCCUAACAAACUCACCGCACCUCUCGUCGCCGUACAGCGUAUUUCGUCGAAAACCAGCCAUCCUGAAGACCCCUUCCCAGGAGGAUGACGAGUGGUUGAGAGACAUGGUGCCCAUGGACAAGGAGCAAGGCUCUUUUGAUGAAAACCACAGGAGUCAUCACCAUCGUCUUCAGGGAGCUCGUUCGAGAGCCGUGCGAGACCUAUCAUGCAUCGCUCAUGGUCAUCUCCCACAACACAAUCGUCAGCACUGUUACCAACCCUCUGACUUGACGGACGGGCAGGGUGAGACACCCGGGGGCGGGUAAUAUGAGUCCUGCGUCAUUGCGGAUUACGUAUUCAUGGCAAUAUUCUGCCUUUUUCUGGUAAUCU